AUGCGCGCAACUUCCAUCAGCACUUCCGUCGAGAUAGGACUCCGCUUUGUCGGAAUCUGGCCGGGUUUGCAGUACGGAACCAUCACUUGGUUCGCGUACAUGAUGAGCUUAGUGUUUGCGCUGUACUUUCAGUAUGUGUACAUCUUCGAUCACUUCGACGUCAACAAUAUCUCGAAUCUUGUCGAUGCGCUUAGCAUUACGUUGGCUUAUAGUCUCGGUUUUCUAAAGCUUUUUUAUGAUAUCGUGUUAGCGAUGGAAGAAGAUUGGAGUAACGUCAACAUUUACGACAAAUCGGUAUCGUGUAUUAUGGCGAGUAAUGCCAAUUUGUCACGUCGUUGUUCGAACGUGUUGAUCAGCAUUAACGCUGCAGCCGCAAUUUGCUACUCCAUGACCAAUUUUCUACGUCUCUCGACCGACUUUAAGGAGGAUCUGAACAUUAGUUCGAGAGUGCUGCCUGUAAAGAUGAAAUUUCCCUUCAAAGUUGACGUGUCUCCCCUCUUUGAACUUUUAGCGGUCGGUCAGAUUCUUCAUGUAGUGUCAAUCGCCACUUUAGUUGGUAUGAUAAAUUGCUUGAUCAUUACGCUGGUACUUCACGUGAGCGGACAGAUCGAUAUUCUUCGCCGGGAGUUACUGGCAAUUCGCGGCAACGGAAUUUCUCAGCGUGAUUCAAUCGUCACAAGUGUCAGGCUUGUGAUUAUCCGGCACCAAAAGAUAAUAACCCUUUCAGAUAAUAUCGAGGAGCUUUAUUCCGACAUUGCGCUGAUGCAGUUUUUAUCGAAUACCGUGGUCAUCUGCUGCAUCGGUUUUACCAUCAUAGCCUCUCUUGUUAGGGAUGGAGCCACAGUGGUGAUUUUGAAAUCCGCUAUUUUUUACGUCGCCGUAACGUUAGAAGCUUUUAUCUUUUGUUUCACGGGAGAAUACCUCAGCGCCAAGAGCAAGUCGAUUGGCGAUGCAGUCUACGAGGUGCUAUGGUAUAACAUGACACCUGCCGAGUGUCGGAUUUUUUUAUUUGUGAUAUUAAGGUCGCAGAAGAGAUUGACGAUAACAGCUGGAAAUGUUAUGGAUCUUUCUUUAGAAGGAUUUACGAGUGUAAUGAAAGCAUCAGCUUCGUAUAUGUCAGUAUUGUAUGCGAUGUAUUAA